GUCGUGGUGAGCGGGCGAACAGACUUCGCUGAGGACGAAAGACACUGAGAGAAUGAACGCGGCGGAGAGGAAGCUGGCGGAGCUCGUGCAUGAGCGUCCGAAUCUGUACGACCAGUCCCGGGUGGACUACAAGGACGCCGUGAAGUGCCUGCAGUCGUGGGGGGAGGUCGCGGGCGCCAUGGGGAGGCCUGAGUUCGAGGUGAGGAUCAAGUGGAAGAAUCUGCGCGACAAGUUCUGCAAAGCGAAGAAGCGGAUGGCCAGGAGAAGCGGCCCCCUGGUGGACGAAGCGGAGAACGGCGCGGUGGAGCGGCCCGCCCCGGCGCUGCUGCACCAGCUGGGCUGGCUGAGCGACUUCGUGAAGCCUCGAGAGGAAGCGGCCAGCGAUAAGAGAGUAAGUGGGAGGGGCGAUGACCUGGAGAGAACGUGUGAUAAAGUGAAGGAGCAGCACACACCCCUGUCUGUCAUCAGUACCAGCUUCUCUCUGGCGGAGGCCUGUCCAACAAACGGCCAGGAGCUGGUCUGUCUUAACCGUAAGAUGCAAGCCAACACAGAAACUGAGAUCAGUUCUGCAGAUGCCCUCACCAAAAUCAGAGAUGAAGACGAACUGUUCCUGCUCAGCCUCCUGCCCUCACUGAAGAGGCUUACCAUUAAAAAGAGAAUGGAGGUGCGGAUGAAAUUCCAGGAGGUGCUUUACACGGCAGAGUUUGAGGACUGAAGAGACCAAAAGACAAUGAAAACUUGAUAGGUGGAAGGGUUCGUUUAGCCAUAUUUAUGUAAUGAUCCUUUCAGUUGAAAAGAGUUAAAAUGAACUAGUUCAAUGUUCAGUUCAUGCAGAUGUAAUUGAACUCGUUCAUGUUCAUAGUUACAUUUUUAUAAUAACCACCUCUGGUUUGAACCUCAUAAUGUUCAUUCAUCCCAAGUUUGAGGCUGUAUGUUGUUAUGUUAUUAUUGUACAUUUUAAAAUAUGUUAAAUAGGAACAUUUUGUUUAAGAUACAAAGUGGGGUAGUUGAUAAACAGAUAUGUUUUUAUUAUAUGUAAAUAAAGUUCACCGGCGGAAUGUAUGGUAGCUCCCUUAUCUUUCUGAUGGGAUGCAUUUAUACUGAAUAUAUUUUACAAAUAAAUAUUUUCUUGCU